AUGGCGGCCAAGAUGCCCGUAGGAAGCAAGAGCAUGAAGACAGCGAAAUCACCAUCAGAAGCCUUUGCAUUGACAAACUGCGUCGCUGUCAGCAAGAGAGACUUUGACCCCGCAACGAAAUACAUCUUGGUGAAUGACAGACAUGUCUUUUCAAUCUCAUUCGCAGAUACAGUCGCACCAGGCGAAUUGGGAUUCUCUGCCUAUCAUCGAAAUUUCGCUUCGCUGUCUUUGAAUAUGGAAGUCAAGGUUCGACCAUAUGAUCCAUUGGCUGAUGGAACUAGUGUGUAUAUGGCUACGUUGAAUCUACAAGUAUCGUUCUAUCAGAAGGCUACUGUUGCAAAGGAUUAUUAUGAUACUGCGGAUUUGGGGAAGGUGUAUUUACAGGGCUUCAAAAAUCAAGUGUUUGCCACCGGCCAGAAGUGCCAAAUGGAUUACAAGGGUACUGCUUUGGUCAUGGAAGUUAUGAGCCUGGAAGUAAUGGAGUUUGGAGCAUCUGGUGGUCCAACAGGCUCCUCUAAAGCAGCUCAAAUGGGUGUUCUAUUCGAUCAAACACAAAUCACGUUUUCCAAAUCAGCAGAUUCUUCAAUCAAAUUGAAGGGCAGCGGUCGUAGUGCUGCAAACGCUAUAGUCCAACCCAACUUCAAAUUCGAAGAUAUGGGAAUUGGUGGUUUGGACAAGGAGUUCAGUGGUAUCUUCCGAAGAGCAUUUGCAUCACGUAUCUUUCCACCAUCAUUAGUAGAAAGGCUGGGGAUUCAGCACGUCAAAGGUAUACUAUUGUUUGGACCACCAGGCACAGGCAAAACACUCAUGGCUCGUCAAAUCGGAAAAAUGCUGAAUGCUCGAGAACCCAUCAUUGUCAAUGGUCCUGAAAUAUUAAACAAAUUUGUUGGACAAUCUGAAGAGAAUGUUCGAAAGCUGUUUGCAGCUGCUGAAGCUGAAUACAAGCAAAAAGGAGACGAGAGUUCUCUCCACAUUAUCAUUUUCGAUGAAUUGGAUGCCAUUUGUAAACAGCGUGGUUCCAAGAAUGAUGGAACUGGUGUUGGUGAUUCUGUAGUGAAUCAACUCUUGUCGAAAAUGGAUGGUGUUGAACAACUCAACAACAUUUUGAUUAUUGGAAUGACGAAUCGAUUGGAUAUGAUUGAUGAGGCUUUGUUACGACCCGGUCGUUUGGAGAUUCAUAUGGAAAUCAGUUUACCAGAUGAGAAUGGACGAUUCCAGAUCAUAAAUAUUCAUACUUCCAAAAUGAGAACAAAUCACCUGUUGGAAGAUGAUGUUGAUUUGCGAGAGUUAGCUGCAAUGACCAAGAAUUUCAGUGGUGCCGAGAUUGCAGGUCUUAUCAAGAGUGCAACAUCUUUCUCAUUCAAUCGACACGUCAAGGUCGGAACUUUAGCAACAGUUUCAAAUGAUUACGAACACAUGAAGAUUAGUCGAGAAGACUUCAUGAGUGCACUCGAAGAAGUGCAUCCUGCAUUUGGUGUUUCAGAGUCUGAAUUGCAGACAUGUGUCACAAAUGGUAUCAUCAAGUUUAGGGUGGAUAUCGAGCGCAUUCUCGGUGAUGGAAAGUUGUUUGUCGAACAAGUUCGAAAUAGUUCUCGUACUCCAUUGGUGUCUGUUCUCAUACAUGGACCAUCUGGAGGUGGCAAGACGGCGCUGGCCGCAACGAUUGCCUUGGCUUCUGAGUUCCCAUUCAUCAAACUCAUAUCGCCGGAAACUAUGGUUGGAUUUACGGAACAAGCAAAGAUGUCUGCCAUUCAAAAGGUAUUCAACGACUCGUAUAAAUCGCCGCUGAGUGUCAUAGUAGUAGAUUCCAUCGAACGAAUCUUGGACUGGGUUGCUAUCGGUCCUCGAUUCUCCAACAGUGUACUACAAACCCUACUAGUGUUACUGAAAAAGGCACCACCACCAGGCAAACGCCUCCUAAUCAUCGGCACAACAAAUCAAAGAACAAUCCUCGAACAAAUGGAAUUGAUUGACGUCUUCAAUUCCGAGAUAUACGUACCCACAGUCACAGAUCUCAGGUCUCUAGACUACGUAGUGAAUUCCAUCCAGCUUUUCAAGACCGAAUCUGAUCGACAGCGAGCAAUGAGUAUGCUGAAACAGCAAGGGAUGGAUACUAAAUUGUCUAUUGGCAUUAAGAAAUUACUGAUGGUUGCUGAAAUGGCUCGACAGGAUGUAGAUUUGGUAGACAAGUUUGUGUAUGCUAUAACGGUAGAGAAUGGUGGCAUUGGUGGAACAAGUAUCUGUCUUUCUGGUGAAAUGACUGGGAAUUCGGGAAUGGAGUCCGAAGAUGAGCUUAGACAUAGCUUUCACGAUAGGGCUGGCGAGUCAGUCUCUGCUCCAUAUCGAUCGCCCUCCCACACCUCUCCUUCGAUGGAAGAUUUGCCAAGGUCGCCACAAAUAUUGGGUAUAGUCUUUCCAUGGCGAGAUGUUGGUAACAUUGAUGCAGCAUGGCAAAGCGUCAAGUGGCAGUCAAUACAAAAGCAUGCCGCAAAGGUGAAGCAACUAAACCUGCUCCACGUAUCGGAGGAAGCAUCUAUUGGUAUCUCAAGACCGUUCAAACUUAUACUAUCGUUCUGUGGAAAGCUAAGUUCGGCUACGGUUGCAUCAAGUCCGAUAAUCUGUACGGCACAAUAG